AUGACUGCAAUGACUGUGUUUUUUCCGUUGGAUACAGCUAGGCUUCGACUUCAGGUUGAUGAGAAGCGGAAGUCUAAGACAACACCGGCAGUCCUACUGGAAAUAAUCAAAGAAGAAGGCCUGUUGGCACCAUAUCGAGGAUGGUUCCCUGUUAUCUCCAGCCUUUGCUGCUCCAAUUUUGUUUAUUUUUAUACAUUUAAUAGUCUUAAAGCUCUCUGGGUCAAAGGUCAGCAUUCAACCACUGGAAAAGACUUGGUUCUUGGGGUUGUUGCAGGUGUAGUGAAUGUCCUGUUGACCACUCCUCUUUGGGUAGUAAACACACGUCUGAAGCUGCAGGGAGCAAAAUUUAGAAAUGAAGACAUUGUACCAACCAAUUAUAAAGGCAUAAUAGAUGCCUUUCAUCAGAUAAUACGAGAUGAAGGAGUCUUGGCUUUAUGGAACGGUACUUUCCCCUCUUUGCUGUUGGUCUUCAAUCCUGCUAUACAGUUCAUGUUUUAUGAAGGCUUUAAACGGAAGCUGUUGAAAAAGCAGCUGCAACUCUCAUCUUUGGAUGCUUUUGUGAUUGGUGCAAUAGCCAAAGCAGUUGCCACCACCCUCACUUAUCCUCUGCAGACAGUACAGUCAAUUCUGCGGUUUGGACGCCACAGGCUGAACCCAGAGAACCGAACUCUAGGCAGUCUUAGAAAUGUUCUCUAUCUUCUGCAACAGAGAGUGAGGCGUUUUGGAUUAGUGGGACUCUACAAAGGCCUUGAAGCAAAGCUCCUGCAGACAGUCCUUACUGCUGCACUUAUGUUUCUAGUGUAUGAGAAACUGACUGCUGCAACUUUCACAGUCAUGGGAUUAAAGCAUCCACGCAGACAUUAAAAAAGAAACCUAUGCCAAAGAUUAUGGGGUCUAGAAAACACAUUCCAUUUUUGAGACCAGGCUGGGUAACAAAGGGUCCUCACUUUCUUUAUUUCUCUUUCUUUUUAGCCACUUCUGUCUCCAUUAUUUGGAGAAAUUUGUAAUACACUCUGUAGGACGUGUUGCCAUGAAUUCAGGGACAGCUCACUCGCUACUCUUCUGUGGACUCACUGUGUUAAGAAACAAAGCAGAGACCUUAUUUAAACACUUGAGAUGAAAUUUUAACUAUGAUAUGAUUUGGUUGACAUUCUUGUCAAGAAUGAGUGUCUCUCCCUCUACCUUCUUGUUUUCCCUCAAAUCAUCCUCAGCUGUUCUUCUAUCUUUACCUUGUGUCAGCAGCUAGUGGGGCUGGUCUCAUGUUAUUUUCCUUGACCUGUGUUUAUGUCACUUCAUGUUUGGUUCAUUAAAAUAAUUCAUAAAGAACAA